CAGCUGUAUCUCAUGCAGAGAUAAUUGAAGGUUAUAAAGCUGGGGCUGAUGCAUUGCAAAAUACUUUGGUUAUAAGUGGUCUAACAAUUGAUAAAGAUUCAAUACUUGUUGCAGCAUUAAAUAAUGAUGUUGACGAUGAAUUAGAAAAAGAAUUAGAGAAUUUAUUAGCUGCAGAAGAAGAAAGAAAGGUGGUGAAAGAAGAAGUGAAGCAACCAAUAAAAGAAAAAAAUCAAGAGUUAGAAAAAUUAGAAACAAAAUUACAUGACUUGAAGAAUUGGAAAAAAAUAAAUGGUGAAAUGAAAGGUAAAUUGAAUAUUAGUGAAAAUAAAGAAAAAGAAUUAAACCAAAAAGUGGAAGUUUUAGAAGCAGAGGAUGCUAUUUAUGAGAAGCAAAUUCCGUAA